AUGAAUAACCUUCUGAAAAAGCACAACAGGUGUGUUGCGCAGAGGGUGGUGACACAAUGCAUCGGAACGAGCGCAAAGGGGGUAAUCAAUCUGCAGAGGAAUACCGCCCCCCUUGACGGGUUUCCUAGGGGAAGGAAAAUGGAGAACUGCUUUUCCACAAUGUCAUUCUACGAUAAUAGUACUUUAUAUAAAGCAAAAAGCAAAUUACGCCAAAAAGGUAGCCCCGAAAAGAUACACACUCCAAUACUAAACCGUAAUGGCAAUUCUCAUUUCUUUUCAACAAAUAAAAAAAUUAAAAUUAUCAACCCACAAAAAAUAAGAAAUGUGGCAAUCAUUGCGCAUGUGGAUCAUGGAAAGACAACCCUGGUGGAUAAGCUACUAAAACAAGGGGGAGAAGAAACGAAAAAUGAAAGAGUAAUGGAUCAUAAUGAUUUAGAAAAAGAAAGAGGCAUUACUAUCAUGUCGAAAGUUACAAGAAUAAAAUAUGAUGAUUAUUUUUUUAACAUUGUUGAUACGCCAGGUCAUUCAGAUUUUGGUGGAGAAGUUGAACGUGUACUAAAUCUCAUUGAUGGCGUGUGCUUGAUUAUUGAUGUAGUUGAAGGACCAAAAAACCAAACCAAAUUUGUUUUAAAAAAAUCCCUCCUAAAUCCAAAGUGUAAAAUUAUUGUUAUUAUGAAUAAGUUUGAUAAACCUAGUAAUAUAAAAAGUAAAGAAGAAAUAGAAAAUGAAAUAUUUGAUCUUUUUGCCGAUUUAAAUGCCCCAGAUGAGUUGAUGAAUUACCCCAUUCUCUAUGCUUCUGCGAAGAAUGGGUGGUGCACCGACAACUUCGAGGAUGCCAAACAGAAUAAAUGUGAACAUAAUAACGUCCUAGCCAUAUUUAAAAAAAUUAUAGAAUAUUUUGAUUCCCCCAUGAUGUUGCCCUCGGGUAGUGAAGAUGUCUCAAGUGUUGACUCAAAGAUGGGUUCUCAAAAUAGUUUCAUCACAGGGGAUGAUGCAAAUGGUAUAACUACCGCAGUUGGGGAGUCGGUGGGAAAAAAUAAUAAAAAGGAUGAUGCCAUGGUGGAGGGGAAAGAUGUGGAAGCGAAAAUUACGAGCGAACCGUUCUGCAUGCUAGUGAGCCUUAUAGACCACCAAGAAGGGGUAGGAGUGACAGUGACGGGAAAAAUAUACGGAGGGGUUAUCAAAAAAGGAGACACGAUUAUUGUGAAGAAUGAAGAAAAUAAAGUAAAAGGAACGUGUGUAAUUAAAAACAUAUUCUACAUGAAAGGAAGAAAAAUAGAAAAUGCUAAUUUCGCUAGUGCAGGAGAUAUUGUAAAUAUUUCCUUUUCGAAGGGAGUUACCCCAUCAGUUAACGAUACUUUGUCUUCGGAAGAAUCUGUAUCAAGUUUAAAGGUGAGACCAAUUGAUCCACCUGUUCUGUGCUUAAAAAUUUCACAAAAUACAAGUCCCUUAACAGGAAAGGAUGGAAAGCAUAUAACUCUGUCUUCCAUUGGUAACAGACUAAAAAAAGAAGCAGCCAUAAAUGUGGCUAUCGAAAUUAGCGAAUCAGAAAAAAAAGAUAGCUAUGAGGUGAAGGGAAGAGGAGAAUUACAAUUAGGUAUUCUGAUAGAAAAGUUGAGAAGAGAAGGAUAUGAAAUGACCAUAUCAUCCCCAAAUGUUAUUUACACAAAAGAUGAAAAAGGAAAUUUACUAGAACCAGUUGAAGAAUUUCACAUUACCAUACCGUCUACAAUUAGUUCGAAUGUUAUUGAAAAAUUAAAUGGAAGGAAGGCAGAAAUUGUAGAUAUUAUAAAUGACGAUAAUGACAAUACCUUUAUCAAGUGUAUUUGUCCAUCGAGAAAUUUUUUUGGGAUGAGAUCAUACCUUCGUGAUGUUAGCAAAGGGACGUCUAUAAUAAACUCAGAAUUGAAGGAAUAUAAAAAAAAACAAGCUUCCUACAAAAGUGACAGAAAUGGGGUUAUCAUAUCCUCGUCCAAUGGAACAACCACUGCCUUUUCGCUAGAUCCAAUUCAGUUAAAGGGAAAUUUAUUUGUUAGUGAAAAUUACCCUACUUAUGAAGGCAUGAUCAUCGGUGAGCACUUCCUAAGCAAUGAUAUUGAAAUGAAUGCAGUAAAAGUUAAGCCUGUACAACACCUAAGGAAUAAGGGCCACGAAGAAACCAUAAGGAUAAAUCACAAAAAUGUUACCAUUGAAUACGCCCUUUCCUUCAUUCAAGACGAUGAAGAAAUAGAAGUUACUCCAAAGAGAAUCGUCAUGCGGAAAAAAAUCUUAAACACCGAGCAGAGAAAAACAGCAAAUAGAAAGGCCAAAAGUGGUUAA